AUAACUCUGAUUACAGCAACUAACAAGUAUAGGUCCGAACAAUUUCUGUCUUGAAAUUUUUUGCACUAUAGGUUUCAGGUUUCUUCAAUUUUGACAGCUGAGUCUAUACCUACUACAAAAGAAUAACUUUCUAGCUGUUCUACCACAGAGAUCUAGCAGUGUCCAGCUGAAUAACCUUCUGAAAUUGGUAUUGCCAGAUUUUUUCCUUCACUGGUAUCCACUGGUAGAGGAUAGUUAGCAUGGAUUUUGUGAGAAAGAGAACCAUCUUAAUUAAGUUUUCCUCCAUUAAAGACACUAAAGAAAAUAUAUAAUGGACAUUAAGGAAAGAGUGGCAAGGAUAGUGCUAACACCCAGCAAUUGAAAUUUCCAUUCCAUAAACAUAAUUUCUUUUGUUUCAGAAGUAUCUCGUCCCAGGUUAUUAUUUUUAUGCUCCAUAUUAUUUUCCUGUUCUUCUCUUAAUCUGGAGUUGUGAAGCCUGAAACAGUUUGCUGAAUUCAGAAUUUGUGUCAGAAGCAUUAACACACACAUUAAUAGGUUUUUGAAAUUUAUUUUCCUCACUUUCUGUAAGCUGCUGUUUAUAGAAUGUUCCUGGUUCAUGCUUUCUCCCAUGCUGUGACACUAGCCAUUAUAAUCACUGUGAUGGCUGAAGAAAAGACUUGUGACCUUCUUGGGGAACGGGAACAAGAAUCUUCAAAAGAAGUAGCAUUGAUGAACAGACUGAAGCCACUUUUCAAUCAAAGUUUUGAAACAGAAAGCAAGAAUGGUGAUGGCCAGUACAUUUACAGACUGAGGAUAUGUCGGGAAGUCUUCAGCAAUAUGACCAAUUCUGGUCUGGUGCAGAUCAGCAAGAUAGACAACAAACAAAAAGUAAUAGGACGAAUCAAUGAGACCCAUCUUGCAAAUGGAACUAGCUGGAUUUUGCUGAUCUAUCAGGGUGGCGAUCCCUAUGGUAGCCAUUGCACACAGGAAGACAGGAAAGCUUUAGUAAUGAUUAUCUGCAACCGAACAACAUUAGCAACUGGCUUCACCAUGGUGGCAGAAGAGAGGGAGAAGAUAAAGCAAUGUUCCUAUGUUUUUGAGUUAGAGAGCAGCUUGGCUUGUCCUCUGGAAGAAUUGCAUCACAAUGUGCACCGUCACCUUAGUAUUGGCUCUAUACUGCUAAUCACAUUUUCCUCACUGAUUGCAGUAUACAUUAUUGGAGGAUUCCUCUACCAGCGUCUGAUAGUAGGAGCAAAGGGCAUGGAACAGUUUCCCCAUUUUGCUUUCUGGCAAGAUCUUGGUAAUCUAGUAGCUGAUGGCUGUGAUUUCAUGUGUCGUUCUAGACCACAGAAUGUACCAGCUGCAUAUCGUGGUGUUGGUGAUGACCAGCUUAGAGAGGAAUCAGAAGAGCAAGAUGACCACUUGCUGCCCAUGUGAUCUUUACCUUUUAUUUGUGUAUAGUUCUUAAACAAAUGACAUCCAGUCAGUUUUCCCCUCAUCUAAUUAUCCUUGUAAGCCACUUGCUUUCACUUUAAAUACCCAUUAUUCUGCACACUAUUUUUCAUAUUUGUGAUAUAAAUAAAUUCUGUGCAAGUUUUAUGAACAUAAAGCUGUACUAAGGAGCUUUGGACUGACUACUCAGAACCAUUUUCCAAAAGGGAAGGGACAUGAGACGGUUUGACUAUACGCAGAAAAGAAAUAAUCAAUGGAAGAGGAAAGGGUUUGAAGUAAUGCUAAUUGAUUUGAGCUACAGUGACUAAAUGUACUUGCAUAUUUCCUACAGGCUUUAUUCUUAAAAAACACUGAUUUCUGAUUUUCAGUUAUGCAGUUAUAA